ACUCCAAAACGUUAAAAAAAAAAUACAAUAUUUAUUAACAAAAUAAUAAGUUAACAUUUAUUUAGCAAUCAACAACAAUCAUGUCAGUAACAAAGAUAGAAAAUACCAGUGAUCUUGAUGCAUUUUUGAAGUCAAAAGAUAUUUUGGUAAUUCAUUUUUAUGCACCAUGGGCAGAACAGUGUACUCAAAUGAAUGAACUUAUUGAUGAUUUAUCAACAAAAGAUUCGUAUAAAGGAAUAAAAUUUGCCAAAGUUGAAGCUGAAGAAGCUCCUGAGCUUUCAAUAAAGUACAAAGUAUCAGCAGUACCAGAAAUUAUAUUUGUUAAAAAUUCAGAUGUUAUUGACAGAGUAACUGGUGCACAUCCAGCUGUACUAGGUGAAAAACUUAAAAAAUAUUUAACACAACCAGUAGAAUCGACAUUGACCAAGACCAAGCCAUUGAGUGGAGACGAAAGAUUAAAGCAAUUGAUUAAUCAAGCUAAAUGUAUGCUGUUUAUGAAAGGAAAUCCCCAGGCUCCAAGGUGUGGUUUUUCCAGGACAAUUACUGGCAUUCUAGACGGUCUCAAUAUUGACUAUCAAACAUUUGAUAUUCUUGAAGAUAAUGAUGUCAGAGAGGGAUUAAAAAAAUUCAGCAAUUGGCCAACAUAUCCACAACUGUAUCUUGAUGGUGAGCUUCUUGGAGGCUUGGACAUUGUUAAGGAAAUGAAAGAGAAUGGUGAACUUGAAGAAAUGCUUCCAAAAAAAAGCUAAAUAAUUAUCAAAUUAAAUGUAAAUUUGUUACAUCUCGAUUAAGAAUAAAUAAAUUGGGGUUUUUUUUUUAUCUAAAAUUUCAUCAAACUUGUGAUUACUUUAUGAUAAACAUACUCUGAUUUAAAUAAAUAAAUUAUUAAAAACUC